UGGCAGUUGAGACCAGGCAGAGGAAGACGGUACAAUAAAGUUCCGAGUGCGCCCUGAAGGGGAAAAUAAAGUUCCUAUUUGUAUGUCCGUCUUCAUCUAUGCUUCAACGCAACUUGCACACAUAUCCUUACCAGGGCCUGUACCUCCUGCAGGUCUAGGGUAGAUAUGGAGACAUCUUCGUGCAGUGAAGCGAAAGGCAAAGAACGAAGCACUCGCCAUUUCUCUGCACACUCCAACUAAAGCGCACCAGGGGUGAUCUUUGACCUUUCUUGUUGAAAGCUCGACCUCAGUCCUGGUUGGUGUGUGAGCACGCUAUGGCUCUUCUAGGAAGAGGACUCUCACUGUCAUCCUUGAGAAGGUUUCCUAUCUCACAGACUGCACUAAUUGUACGGAGCUCUGCGAGCAGCAGUACAUCGACCAGUGAAGGAUAUGCGAAUCGUAACAAGAAAAUGGGUCGACCGCUCAGCCCCUCACUUCGUCUGCUGGCAUCGAGGUCAGUCACAAUAUACCACCCUCUUCCUCAUUCAGUUAUGCUAUAAAUGAACAAUUUUCACAGUCAAAACACAGGUGAGAAUGAAAAGCUUGACAAACACUGAUAUGUAUUAGCUAUAGAUGUGAAAUGUUUCUUUGCAUCCCCUAUUACUGACCGACUGUGUUGCCAAACCUUUUUUGUUCUUAGC